AUGUCCCAAGUGAAGCUCUGCCAUUCUCAGUGUUCGCCAGCAUCACGUCUCAUUGUUUUCCUAGGAUACCCCAGCAUUCCUUCGGGAGGUACAGACAGACCACUUGCUGCUGCUAUCGAGGUCAGAGUCGGACCUCAGGGAGUCAAAGCAAAGUGGCUCCGUGUGGAGCUGCGCAAAGUCGAACAAAUUCCGAUGGUAGGAGAAAAUACGUUUGUUGGCUAUGUUGGGCCCAGUCCGGUCAACAUCUGGACAGCACCGGGGGAGUGGGAGGUAUUGAAGUCGUUGGACUUCCCAUUCGAUAUUCGCAUACCCGAAUCCAUUCCGCCGAUACUCACCUUAGAGGGGUGUGCUUCCUAUAGUGGCUUCUUACGGAAAAAAAAGUCAAACGUUGUGUUGACUCAAAACGAAAUCAUUAUCGACAAGCACAAUCUGCACUCUAUGUGGCCAGUGUACUGCCAGACUGAUGUGCGGCGAGUUGAGCUCGAUGGUGUCUCUGUGACUGUCGAGCAUCAUAAAACCUGCUAUGGCCCUGGUGAUCAUGUUGCUGUAUUUGCCACGGUCAGAUCCAAUAACCUUCAUACUGUGAUACUUCGUGGCUUCGAGCUAUCUAUUCAUGAAUCGAGAACAUUUCGUGCUGGAGCAUUCACCAGGGGCCAACAAACUAUGCCAGUAACACGAGUCGGCAAUAUCCUCGAAAACAAGUUUGCUGUCAACAUGACUCUUAUGGGGGGAAUGCAGCAUAAAGCAGAACUAUCAUCUACGAUUUCUCCGAGUCAUACAACGACGACCCUUAAUUCUGCCAGGCAUAUCAAUAUCAAUUAUGUUUUGCAUGUCAAAGCCAUCAUGGGCACAGGACAUCUUCUGGUGAUGGAUCUUCCCGUCAUCAUGUCUAACUGGCCGAGACGUAUUGGACCUGCACCUGGUCUGUCCCUCUUGGCUCCGCACUCUGUUUUCACUUCUGUAGAACCAUCACCUGCAGUGCACCAUAACCCACUCAAUCGCAGAGCUAUGGUGGUCGACCUUCUCAGCCAGACACAGUGA